AUUCAGCCAAGGUGGGUUACGACAAGGCAACUGACAGGAAGUGGCGGAUGAGUUUCGUCCACACCUUUUCCGGUUUUUCAUUCGGCGCUUGAGAGGCGGCUGCCUGCUGGGGCGAACAUAGGACCAAAGCCUAUUAUAGAAUGGUGAGCCUCUGCAGAGGGACGGCGGGAGGAAUUCACACACAGGACGUUUGAAAUCGAUGCACAUCGACUUAGGGCGGCCCCGAUGACAGCUAUUGUGGCAGGAAAAAAUUAAAGCUUCCCCGACCCUUACCUCUAGCUGAGAAAAGACGGAAAAAAGAAGCCCCGACCCGCGCGUUCACACGCUAAGAGGAAGUGGAAGAAGCAAAGCGAAGGCUGCUCGAGGCCUCAGCCGGAUUUCUGACAGCUCCAAAGCCAUGUCUAAGGCUGCUUUAACGUCUUAAUUAUCUUAAACGUGAGGAUUACUGUGCGUUUCAGUUAUUGCAGGUGUCGCAACAGAAGACGUUUCAUUCCCAGUUUGAAAACAGCGGUGCUUAAACGCUUCACUUUAAUCCAAGGAGAGAGAUAUAACAUUAGAAGCACACCUUACUGCUGCUAGCUGUGAUCAGCAUGAGCCGUGUGACAGAUUUACAUCCUUUCAUUCACUAGUUCACAUCCUGCUUCCGAAUUACUAUUUCUAAAGUUGCAAACUGAAGUUUCUUUUAACUUUACUACCUUAAUAAACUGCUCCUCUGGGAGUUGACUCAUAGUUCAUGUUGAUUGACCAACUGGCAUGCUCGGAAAGUAACUGGUCCUACUUGACAAAGUAUACCCAUCAACAAUUCUAUUACACUUUCAGGUAACAUUGCCUGUUGAACAUUUUUUUGUUAGGGUGAAGGAAAUAUUUAUGAACUAUUUAAAAGAUGGGGAAGAUGCUGUCAAAAAUAUUUGGUAACAAGGAGAUGAGGAUAUUGAUGUUGGGCCUGGACGCAGCAGGCAAAACCACCAUCCUUUACAAACUGAAACUGGGCCAGUCAGUGACCACGAUUCCGACGGUGGGCUUCAACGUGGAGACGGUGACCUACAAGAACGUCAAGUUCAACGUGUGGGAUGUGGGAGGCCAGGACAAGAUCCGCCCACUGUGGCGCCACUACUACACAGGCACGCAAGGCUUAAUCUUUGUGGUGGAUUGCGCAGACAGGGAUCGCAUCGACGAGGCCCGACAGGAGCUGCACCGCAUCAUCAAUGACCGCGAGAUGCGGGACGCCAUUAUCCUGAUUUUCGCCAACAAGCAGGAUCUGCCUGAUGCCAUGAAGCCACACGAGAUCCAGGAGAAGCUUGGACUCACGCGCAUCAGAGACCGCAACUGGUACGUGCAGCCUUCGUGCGCAACCACAGGUGACGGACUGUAUGAAGGCUUGACAUGGCUCACCUCUAAUUACAAAUCUUAAUGACCGCUUGCUUUGGCCUGGACUAUUUUAGUUAAGAAGGAAAAAAAAAAUCCAAGGAAUAAACUUAACAGUCAUUUCAGUAUGCGCAAAAAGUUUGAAUUAUAUUUUCAUUUAUUUUUUUGAUUGUUGAAAUGAUCCCUUAACUAAUAAUUUAUAGCUUUCGAUGAGAUUGGGUUUGCUUGCUUUGUAGCUUUCUAUGUUUUGUGGCCUGUGGGUCACCUAUCUUAAUUAACUGCUGCUUAAAGCAUUUCUGAUUUUUUUGUUUUUUUCCCUGUUGCAGAUUCUAUAUAUUUUUUUCUAAAUGAUGUAGGGCAUUCUAUCUCUGAUUCGUUUUUUUCUUUUCGAUUUAAUUUUUGGUUAAAACUUGUUCUUUUGGACCCCUUCUAUCUGUUGUCUGUGUUUUUGGAGUCUGUGAAAAAAAAAAAAUGAAGGUCUGUCUCCUGCAAAUAGUCCAUUGAUAUGGUGUAAUAAGACAGCUUAUUAAUAACCAAAAUGUUUCAAACCAUCUGUAGGACAGUUUUAUUGACAAAGUUGUAACAAACUUAAUAGCCAAUUAUGUGAGCGGUUAAACCUUACCAUUGUCAUGAUGUCACUGACUUCACAAGAUAGUUUAACUGUAAAUGACCCCAUGAAACAUUAAUUAUAUGCAAGUCUAUGAUAUUUACUCUGGAAGGAGCACAUGACAUUUAUAAACUGUGUUUAAAAAAAAAAAAAUCUACAUCACAUUGUCACAGGGUUCAAAUUUGAAUCCUGAGGUUUCUUUAUUAUCAUGUAGCCCAAAGGUCAAGUAAAGCAGCUGAAUACUUUUUUUGUAAUCCGUUAAGUCCUUUUUGUACCACUUAGGCUAAUUUCAGUCUAUCAGAAUGUCACUGGAAGUCGUAUGUCUUCAGAAUGUGGGAUUGUUACCUUCUUGCAUUUCCACUGUAGUGCUUGCAUCAGAGUGAACUGAACUUGCCAUAUAAAUGGGGAAUCUUUCACAUGACUCAUUUUCUCUCAUUGCUUUACUCAUUUCAAAAACCAUUGUACAGAGACUAACUGUAAUUGUACCAUCCAAUUAAACUUAGACAUUUUAAAGAUUUUA